AUUUUUAAAUGGUGGGCACGUGCUGUCUACGUACGUACGUAAGACGCCGCCGCAUGUUGACAAACGAAGAGAUUGCACAUGCGUGAACGUGGUGGGCGGAGUCUCUCCAGUCGGUCAGGAAGCGAGAAAGGCGGACAGAGAAACGGGGAUGUCUGCGAUCAGGAAGAAGUUGGUGAUCGUUGGGGAUGGUGCUUGCGGGAAGACUUGUCUGCUUAUUGUUUUCAGUAAAGAUCAGUUUCCAGAAGUGUACGUGCCCACUGUGUUUGAGAACUAUGUCGCAGACAUCGAGGUGGAUGGAAGGCAGGUAGAACUGGCGCUUUGGGAUACAGCAGGUCAAGAAGACUAUGACCGACUGAGGCCUCUGUCCUACCCCGACACUGAUGUCAUCCUCAUGUGUUUCUCUGUGGACAGUCCUGACAGUUUAGAGAAUAUUCCAGAAAAGUGGACUCCCGAAGUGAAACAUUUUUGUCCAAAUGUCCCCAUCAUCCUGGUGGGAAACAAAAAAGAUCUGCGCAACGAUGAGAACACCAGACGAGAGCUUGCCAAAAUGAAACAGGAGCCAGUUAAAUUUGAAGACGGGAGAGAGAUGGCAAACCGCAUCAGUGCCUUCGGCUACCAGGAGUGUUCCGCCAAAACCAAAGACGGGGUGAGGGAAGUUUUCGAGAUGGCAACAAGAGCAGCACUGCAGGCCAAGAGAAACAGAAAGAAGCCCGUCUGCAUCCUGUUAUAGGCUCUGGAGGAGAGGGGGCUGUUGUUAAGCACAGAUGAAGCAGGCUGCUUCUAUUGAUUUUUGAGGUGGGAGCAUGUGUAUAGUCUUUGAAUCAAAUCAAAUUGGAAAUGAGUCCACUAGAUUUUAAAUUCUGCUUAUUGGGUUUGAGGAUUAAGGCUCUAUGCCGUUUAUGUGGCAAUUAUCAAAAAUAAAUAUGAUUUUUAGAAGGGUGUUUGCUGAGGUGAGGUUCUUUUUUUCUAACAGGGAGUAAAGAAUGAUUUUUUUAAUCAACCCAAAGAUGAUAAAAGCAUGAUGAAGAAAGCAAACAAACAAAAAAAGGUCACAAUGUUAGCACAGGUUUGAGUCAAGGCCAUGUUUAAGUGGAUUCUUACACAGAAAUGCCUACAUGUAGUGCCUUGAAAGCAGUCGUCAAGAAAAGUUAGUAGAAAAUUAAGAAACUAUCACCGGAUAAGUUAUUUUGUAUCAUUUUUUUAUGUCUUUCUAAAAGCUCUUUUCCUGUUUUGACUUCUUGAGGCCCUUUUUGUUUUUGACUCAGGCACUAUGCAGGGGCAUGGGUAACUACUACAUUAUUCUUUCCCAUACUGACUAACUGACCUGUACUUUAGAGUGUGUAUGCAGCACUGAAUGUGUGUAUAUCUGUGAUUGUUUGUAUUAUCAAAUGUGUCAUGUACUGUAUUCAUGAAAAGGACGUAACCUUUUGUCUCCAUGCCAAAGUUACCCCCCAAAUGCCACAUUUCCUGGCUCUGGGGGGUAAUGAAAUUUGCAGUUACUUAAGUGUGAUGUAGAAACCUUCAUUUUACUGGAAGAUGUACUAAAGCCAGAGGCACAAUCAGAUUAAUUAUAUGUUUUAGGACCUUAUUUGUGUGCAUAUAUUACAUUGAUUUAUGUUAAUCUUUAGGACACAAUGCAUAUGAUGUAAUCAGAUAUUUUUUCAUGUAGGUGGAUACCAUUUGUGUCCAUUAUGUACUGUAUGUCCUACAGAACCUUGUAAUUCUAUGUUAGCAAAGUGUAUUUUAGGUUGGCUUCUUAUUCCGCCCUCUCUGCAGCCCCCCUAUAAAUUAUAAAUCUUUGUUUUUAAAUCCAGAAUGAUGGUCUAUGUUUUUAAGUGUCAAUAAACUGGGUGUUAAUGUUUCUUGGACCCACAAAUUGGGAUUAAAGGAGCAGGUUUAAAGUACAAAUGCCUUAAAAAAUAAGAAGACUUCAGUUUUGUAUAAGCUCUAAGGAUUCAUGAUGUCUUGAUUUUCUAUUUUACUUUAUUUCUUUACUAACAUAUUUAAAUAUUUUAGCUUAUCCUGCUGUUACAAGCUUGUCAGGUAAAAAAAUAAACUCUAAUCAUUGUAUUGUCUCGUUUAAUCAAGAGUUCGAGGUGGGAAACAUACUUUUUAAAAAGAGGCUUUGUUCUGUGGAGGGAGGGGGCUGACAUAAAGAGAUCUAUACACAUUUUUCCUCAAUAAAACUGGCAUUUGGGGUUUCAAUUGUA